AUGCCUGUCCUCAUCAACCGUAGAAUGCGAACCUCGUCAGGCAAGAAUACUGGCACCCACGUCCGUGCUUCCGGUCCUGUUCCUUUGAGUCACGAUGCUUCGAUGCGCUCUUCUGAGGCGUCUUGGUCUGAGGAUGACGAAGACAUCAUCAUGGUAACUCAUGGACUCAACGCCUCCCAGUGUGCUUUGAAAGCCACCAACGACUGCAUCCAACACAAGAUUGCAAAGCUGCAAGUCAACACUGUCCGCCUCAAGCGCGAACUGUGGCUCCUCCAGCGACACGUCAAGAACUUCAACCACCCACUGUACGAAACAUGGGAAGCUGAUAUCCUCACCCGUCUCAUCGAAGUUGGCCAUGCGCACCAGCGCCGCCCCAAGCUUCAGGCAGGUGUUGUUAUCGGCGAUACCACGGUCGCUGAUCGUGAGAAUCUCUUCCACGCAUACAACACUGCUGCUAAGCAGGUUCGUGAGGACACUCUCCAGCAGCUCGGUCUCGAUAAGAAGUACUUUGAGGCACUGGCGCGCUACAAUGAGGUACGCGAGAUACAUCUCCUUGACUGGUGUCAAGUCUGUUUUCUCUGCUCACACUCACAGGUCGCACUCUACCGCAGCCCGAACCCAUUCCAGACGGAGAAUGCCUUCGCCAAAUGGCUCCUCGAUGAGAAGGAACAACGACCCGCGAAGUUCGACUUCUGGUCAAAGCUGUUCCCCGUCUGCUACGGCCGGACCGUGGAGGAAAGCGCCACCAUGUUCUGA